AUGUGCAAAUGCACAGCAUUAUCGCUCAGCUACUUGGCGAAAGAUGACCUGGACAAAUUUCCACUAUGUGACUAUACAAAAUGCGAAGUCGACGUACAAAAAGGUAACUACUCCGAUAGCGAAUGCACUAGUCGUUGCUUCCGUGAUUGUCGGCAGAUUCGAUAUGAGAUCGAUCAUGAAAAUCAAGGAAGAAUGCUUCGGCCAGAUCUAACGCUAAUAAAUUUGAACUGGGGAUCGUUCGAAUACCUUUCUAUGGAACAACAAUGGAAAUACUCGAUAACAGCAUUCAUUGCCGCACUUGGAGGGUCCAUUGGAAUGUGGCUGGGACUGAGUAUUCUAUCUCUUAUACAGGGAGGAACAUACCUCUACUCAUAUUUCGCAAGAAAAGUUGUGAAAGAGAAGUUGUUGAAAAAGAUUUCGGAGCAGCAUAAUGCACGAAGAGGAAGUAAG